AUGUCUCCUUCGCUCAUUCUUUCCCAGAAAUAUGCAUCAACAAUCUCCAUUUCCACCCGCUCACUUGUCAACCAAGCACUUGAAAUCAUCACAACGCACUCCGCUUCUUUGCAAGAGCCACCGAAAGGAGACUCUCCUUACCGUUUAGACCGUCUCGUCGAGGCCAUGUUAAAGCAUGCGCCAACGGAGAGUGGCACCCGAUAUGUUGCCCUUGUCAUUAUAGAUGCGCAAACCAGCUCCGAUCCAGCUCCUACUCUGGUGGACGUCGCUGAAGCGUGGCUCAACCAUUUGAUUGUGCCCAUGUUAACGCUCCGGCUAGAGAACCCUUCGCGCUCAUCGCGUCUUGAGGACAGCGGUAGCAGCGACGACACGCUUCCGAAACAACCUUCUUUGCAUGACCUUUUGCUACAGCGAGAAGGCAAUCGUCCCUUGAUCCAGGCUGAUAUUUGGGACGCAGGGUACAUGCAGCGGCUCAUGGUGGCCAACAAAAAGCUACCUGAAAUUAUCCGGGGUAUCCAGCCCACGAAGGUUACGCGUAUCCUCCCUAUAUCUGGCACGUAUCCGACCGACAGCGUCGACAUGUCUUGGGAGAUGUUCCAGUCCUGGACUGAUACGCCCCUCGAAGCCAUCGCGGAGCUCGAAACUGACUCCCCCCGCCACGCUAUAUUGCUCUGCGACUUUGACCACUGGCUUGUCCGCAGUUUCAGAUGUUACUUCGAGCCGGUGUUAAACGAGCCCAAUACCUAUAUAGGGCACACUCUGCUUGAUCAUAUCAAGUUUUCGACUGGCCAACGAACCACGCAAAUAAAGUUCACGGGUAACGACGCUCCGAGUCCCGAGUUGUUCCGCAUUCAUGCGGCGUAUGCGCAGGUCUUCCAUGCCUGUGGAGUCGACCAGAUGUGGGGGCGAUUGUACGCCGGUGCAAAACACACACAAAAAAGCUUUACAUCGAUGGGAAAGCAGACUUGGGCGACGCACUCGCGGCACGGCUUGCGCACGUCCAACUAG